AUGCAAGGGGCGGCUCAGCCAACAGAACCAGAACCAGAACAUUCUUCCAUCAAAGACACUGCUGCCAGGUCCAUUUGUUGCCUCCUUAUAGAGGCACACACAAAUAUCCCUUCGCAGCCCUGCCCUCAGGCGGAUUGUCUUGUCGCCGCGGGGCUUCGGUCUCGGGUCUUGACUACCAGCGACGAUCGAUACAAGACGCGAAUCGAAUCAUACUGGUGCAAUAGCGCCAAGCUCAAUCCUGCCUGCAUCGUGCAACCAACUUCAGCUUCUGAGGUCAGCGCAGCGGUCAAAGCGCUCGUGGAGCACGAACAGGUCUUCGCCGUUCGCUCUGGUGGACACACCAACUGGGCCAGGAGUAACAACAUCGACGGCGGAGUUACCAUCGACCUCGGCUUGAUGAACUCGACCACGUACGAUGCCGCGACAGAGACGGCUGACAUCGGCCCUGCUGCCAAAUGGAAGCAUGUCUACGAAGAGCUGGAGCAGUACGGCCGGGCUGUGGCGGGGGGCCGCGAGGCCGAGGUCGGCGCAGGUGGUUUCCUCUUGGGCGGAGGAAACAACUUCUUCGCCGGACUUCAUGGCCUGGCCUUCACUGCUCACGCAGGGGGCGAGCACGCGGAUCUCUUCCGCGUCCACAAGGGCUCGGGCAACAACUUCGGCAUCGUCACUCGCUUCACGAUGCGCACCAUGCAAAGCGGUCUGGUUUGGGGCGGGUUCGCAGUGCGGCCCAUGGAAGUCAUGCCAGAGCUGCAGAUGCCGUCGCCGCCUUUACUGCCAAUUCGCACCUGGAUCCCCACAGCACGCUCAACUUCACGGUGGGCCACAUGCCCCGUCUGGGCGGCAGCGCUGUGCAACAUCUGGUAUACUCUGUGUUUCAAAAACGACGCCUCGAUCAUCGUAAAGGCGAACGAUCUCCACACCGAGCUGGCAAGCCAGGUUCAGGAGAAGGUCGCUGACGGCGACUUCACCACGCACUGCUCCUUCCAGCCGAUCCCCAGGACGAUCGCCCAGCACUCGGUAGCCGCGGGCGGGAACGUGUUGGGACUAGAGCAGUACGCCCACGACGCCAUCAUGAUCCAGGUGAACGUCAGCAUGCGCACACAAGAACUGGCAGACUGGGCCCGACCCCUGGUUCGCGGGGUGGUCGACGGCGUGCGCGCCUUUGCCGCAUCCAUCGACGAUGGGGUCUGCCCCUGGUUGCAUCUGAACUACGCAAGUCCGGACCAGAAGGUGUUGGAGAGCUACGGGACGGCCAACAUGCUCAGGAUGAGGGAGGCGGCUGCCAAGUAUGAUCCUCGUGGUGUCUUUCAACGUCUCUGCCCUGGAGGGUUCAAGCUUGCGGCCGUCAAGGGCUAG